AUGGGCAUUCGUGUGACAGACAUGGUCAUUCAUGCCAGGCAAAUUCUCCGGAGACAGAAGGGCAGGUCUCAUUCCAUCUCAUCUUAUUCAGAACCAACAUCAACAGCUGCAUUGGAUGUUCCGAAAGGCUGUUUUGCUGUUUAUGUCGGAGAGGAAGACGAGGAGAAGAAGCGAUUUGUGAUUCCAAUAUCCUAUCUAAGAAAGCCAUCGUUCCAAGACUUGUUGAGGGAGGCUGGAGAAGAGUUUGGUUUUGAUCCUCCAACGGGUAAUGGCGGACUUAGAAUACCUUGCAGCGAAAGCCACUUUCUUGAUCUCACUUUCUGUUUAGCUAGGUAA